CACAAGAAAGAAGACAGGAAAUAUUGAUUUUCAGAUCUCGCCCUUUGUGUUAGCUAUUUACUUCGAAAUUGUUGUGAAAGUGAUAAAGCAGGUUCAACAUCGUCCAUUAAAGUAAUUUAGUUGAUAUUAUCAGAGCUUUUACAAUGUCAGACUUCGAAAUGGAUAUUGAUGACGAAAGUGAUGAAGAGACUCAAUUAAAAGAAUUGGAGCAGUUGCGAGCCGUACUUCAAGCCGACGAGCAAGAUUCAAUGUAUUCUGAUGUGACACAUGCCGAGAGCUGCGCGUCCGUCCGUACCAACACCGUCUCCAAUCAAAUGACUGACGAUUUGUCUAAAAUCGAAAUGGCUAUAGCACUAAAUAAAUACACUGAUGAAAAACUACAAAGACUAGAAAUACUACUUCUCUGCAGACUAAAAGAGUGCAAGGAAAAAUUAAAAUCUCUGCAAACCUCAGAUUUUGUUGAACCACAAGACAAACCAAACCAAUUCCGCUAUGUUUGCUGUGGUAAACCUUAUUUUAAGGAUAAAAACUUUUAUCCUGCUCCUCUUAAUGAUGACACUAUUCUGAUGAGGAAGUCUGAAAUGUAUGAUUUUACAUCUAUACCAUCUGUACCAGGCUGGACGGUGAAAGAUAAGAGUGAUUUUAUUAAUUUGAUUUUGAAAAUGUCUCAAAAUAUAAGGGCUAAGGAAUUGAACUCCAAGAUAGCUCAUCUUCGGCGGCAAGCUAAUUCUAAUAAAAUUGGAGAAGAUGCUAUUGAGAGGGAGAUUGACAUAAUUAGGAAGAAGAUCGAAGACAUAAAUAAAAAUUCUUUGAAAGAAUUAGCAUUACCUCUAGAUGAAGAAUAUGAUUGGGAAACCAUAGCCAACAAACUUAGCCAAAGACACAGUGCUCAUGAAUACCGGGCCUUAUGGAAGCUAUUCCUACAUCCAUCUAUAAAUAAGAAUGGUUGGUCUAAAACUGAGCAUAAUUUACUACAAAAAUUAGCCUCUUCCCACCACCUGCAGGACUGGGAUCAAAUUGCGAAAGAACUUAAUACUGGACGUACAGGAUAUCAGUGCUUUGUUUACUUUCGUACAAAUAUGAGUAGUUCAUAUGAUGGUCAAAAAUGGUCAAAGGAAGAAGAGGAAUACCUCAAAAGACUAGUAGAAUUCUAUAGGGAGGAAAAUUUUAUACCAUGGGGGAGAGUAGCGGCUUCAAUGGAGAAUCGUACAAAAGGACAGAUUUACAAUAAGUUUAUGAGACUGGAAGAGUGCAGAAAAGGUAGGUUUAUACCAGAGGAAGACGCUGUCAUUUUAACAGCUGUUGCACACUUUGGAAUAAAAAACUUUAGAAAAAUUCAACAAUUUUUACCUGGGCGAUCAGUAAUACAACUAAGAAACCGCUAUCAUGUGUUGUGUAAAAAUAGGGUAUCUACUGUAUGGUCCGUAUCAGAAGACAAAAAAUUAGUGCAACUUUUGGCUAAUCAAGACCAAUGUUUGUCAAGUUAUUCAAAAUUGUGUGAAUAUUUCCCUGGAAAGGACAGAACACAAUUAAGAGCUAGACAUAAGGUAUUAUUGAGAUGGAUAAAACGAUAUCCAAAUUUAGACUUAUGCUUUGCUCCUCGCCGUGGUUCCCGUCGCCUUGGACAUGGCGCGGCUGAAAAAGAUUUGAAUAAUGCAUUAGAAAAUCUAAAGAACAGAAUAGAAAAUGAAGUUAAGGAAAAGAAAUCUAAAACAGUCUCUGAAAUAAGUUCAGAACAAGAAAUUGAGGAUGCUAUUGUGGCCACUCUUGUGAACCAAACUUUAAAAGGUGAUAAUUACAGGCCACGACCAACAAUUUAUGAUGAUGAAGAAGUUGAAGAAGAGCCAUGUCCUUAUCCAACAUCUCAUGAUAAAAAUAAGAGUAAUAUUGAAAAAAUACUAAUUUUAUUAAGAUGUAAACUAAACAAACAUCGUUUUCAACAUAGUCGUGACUAUAGGAAAUAUUUUGGGCUGGAAAGUGUAAAGAAAAAUUCAUCCCAACCAGUAAAAGUAAAGUGUUAUUCAAGAAAAAAUGCUGUACAAACAAUUUCAACUGAAUCUGAGCCUGACUUGUUCGGCAAUAAUAUAUUAGGGAAUCUUGAAUAUGUCUUGCCACCACACUUGGCAACCAUUACUGGUUGUAGAAUGAUAAUGACAUAUGUAAAGGACUUUGCAGAUCCAUCAUUAAAUGUAUAUUUUCGAAACAAUAAGAAGAAAUUCAAAGAUCAGUUCAAUAUCCUUAUGGAGCGAUUUAAUUUAUUAUUCUUAUGGCCUGUCCUCUUAUCAAAUGAAAGUCCUGCUAAAUAUAUUGAUCAGAUGAAAAAACCACUUGAAGAUAGCAUUGAGAAUAAGGAUCCAUCUAAGAUCGUAGUUAGCCCUCGCAAUCAUCCACUAAAUUGGAAAGAGGGCUACCUCUCAUCUAUAACAAUACCAACAAUACCAGAAAAAUGUCAUAAUAAUGCUACAAAUGAGGAUAUAGACCUGCCACUUCAUGAUGAUAUGGAUGAAGUGACUCUAAAGACUAAUUUUGAUACAUUUAAUAAGAACUCUUAAGCAGAUUAAAUUAAUCUUUGUAGUACAUAAUAAUAUAUUGUGCGUAUGCAUUUUAAUAAUAAUAUUCUCACUUAACCAUAUUCAUUUAAUAAGAAUAAAGUGUAGGUUCUUAUGAAAA